AUGUCAUUAUGUAAUAGGAGACAACAAAGUCUUUGGACUAUAGACAAAAUAGUGAAGUCCCCACAUAAAGACAUAGAUAUUCCAAGAAGAACUAUUAACGACCAUAUAUGGGAGAACUUGGAGAAGUGGGCUGACAAAACUGCUCUGGUGUGCGGUAUAACAAAUCGUUCAUAUACCUAUAACCAGCUCUAUAAAUACUCUAGAAAUUUCGCUGCUAGAUUACGAACGCACCUAAAAAUUAAGGAAGGCGAUGUAGUAUGCAUUAUGAUGUCUAAUUCACCAGAAUACGCGGUUGUUGCUCUUGGAGCUUUGGAGGCCGGAGCUGUGGUUACUACUGUUAACCCUAUUUAUACACCACAUGAAGUUCAACGACAAAUAGAACUCUCCGACCCUACACUUCUAAUUGGGCAGACCGAAACGAUUUCAUGUCUUAAAGAAGCUCUAUUUUUAGUCAAGAAAAAUUUGCCAAUAAUAACUGUUAAAGGUUCAGAGAGCACUAUACCAUCAGGAACCAUUUCCUUCGAAGAACUGGCUUUAGGUGAUAAUGUCGAUCACAGCGUUUUGAAAGAAGUUAGUAGAAGCUUUGAAGAUAUAGCAUUUCUACCUUAUUCUAGUGGUACUACGGGCCUGCCUAAAGGGGUUGAGUUACCACAUAAACAAAUGGUAGUGAAUUGUUUGCAGCAAGACGUGAAUACUAUUAGGCAAUAUGAUGAAACUACAAGCACUAAUCAAGAUGUGACAUUGAAUAUUUUACCUUUGUACCACAUUUACGGGCUAACGGUUAUAUUACUCCACAAACUCUCUAUUGGUUCAAAGAUAGUAACUGUACCCAAAUUUCAACCAAACACAUUCAUUAAUGUUUUGAAAGAGCAUCCUAUCAAUAUGCUGUAUGCAGCUCCUCCUCUGAUAUUAUUCCUUAGCUCACAUCCUGGUGUAACAGAAGAGCAUUUAGCGUCUGUCAAAGUAAUUGCAUCAGGAGCUGCUCCGCUACCAACAAGUGACGUCAUUAAACUUCUUGAAAAGACAAAGCCCGCUGUUAACUUCGUAAAUUUAUAUGGAAUGACAGAAUGUUCACCAUUGGUCACUGCAAUGUCACUUGGUUCUAAUAAUUAUUCUACAGUAGGCCAUGCUGUCUCAAAUACUGAAUUGAGGAUUGCGGAUUCUGAACUAAAGCCAUUAGGAGUGAAUGAAGUUGGUGAACUUCUCAUUCGUGGUCCUCAAGUAAUGAAAGGUUACAGAAACAAUCCAGAAGCUACCAAGGAUGCUAUUAUUAAUGAUGGUUGGUACAGAUCUGGAGAUCUAGGUAGUAUUGAUAAAGAUGGAGUAGUUACAAUCACUGAUAGACUAAAAGAAUUAAUUAAGGUCAAAGGCUACCAGGUUCCACCCGCAGAAUUAGAACACAUUUUAAAAGAACAUCCAGAUGUUUUAGAUGUGGCCAUAGUUGGAGUUCCUCACUCGAGAAUAGGAGAGUAUCCCAAAGCUUUUAUAGUAUUAAAAGAAGGACGUAAAGCAGAUGUCGACGGAAUUACAUCCUUUGUAAAUAAACAAGUAGCAGAAUAUAAGAGAGUAAAAGAAGUAAUGUUCCUGGAUGCUUUACCUAGAAAUCCUUCUGGCAAAAUUUUAAGAAGAAUUCUUAAAGAGAAAUAUUGUUAA